AAUUUCAGUUUAAAAUAUACGAAAGAAAGAUUUUGAAUCUCUAGAUAUAAAUUGCUAUUUUGUUACUUCGAAAUCUGUGUUUCAGAAACCAUGCUUUGAAACUGUGAAGUAACUGGUCGCUCUGAUUUUGAUCAGCUGUUCCAUUCGAGUUUCGAUCCACUAUUCUAUCGUUUUCUUUCCUGAUUUCUAUUUACGACAGAAAAAUUAAUUAUCUGACUCAAAUUUGCAACCAAUGUAGUACACCUGCUCAUUGCAUUGCCACUUUAUGCUUUUCUGGUAUUCGGUGUUCCUGACUGACACCUAUUUACUUUUUCUUUGUUAAUAUUUUCUCAAUUCAAAUAUCUUUUCCACUUUCUAUCACUUGUUAUUUGACGGGGCGAUUGUUUUAAGAAACAUUACACCUAAUUAAUCGGUACACUACCUUUAUCAUUAUCGUCUCCUUCCUUUCAUUUGUUUGAUCAGUGGUUUAAAUUUUAUACUUCUUAAACGUCCUCUAACUGCAAGUAGAGAUGGGGCUGGUGUUGGGCACGUGUUGUGCCGCCCAGUUGGCUUGUUGCGUGGGCUCCUCCAUCUGUUCCUGCUGCUGUUCCUGUCUCCCAUCUGUGAAGGCCUCCACCUCAACUAGACUCAUGUAUGCCACCAUGCUCUCCCUCAUCGCUCUCCUCUCUAUGAUCCUACUCAGCACACCUGUGGAAGAGUGGCUCGAAAAGAUAGCGUUGUAUUAUGACUUCUGUGAGGAAACACAAGUGCAGGAGGGGUCUCUGUGCAGACGAGUAUUAGGAUACUCUGCAGUGUACCAUGUCUGUCUAGCAGGCACUCUAUUCUUCCUAUUUCUAUCAGUACUCACUCUCUGUGCCAAGUCCAGUGCAGAUCCAAGGGUCAAAUUUGACAGGGGCUUCUGGCUGUGGAAGUUCCUCUUGCUCAUUCUGCUGAUUGUGGGCGUGUUUUUCAUCCCCACCACAAAAGCAUUCUACACUACUAUGUACGUUGGGGGUCUGAUCGGGGGCUUCUUGUUCAUCCUCGUCCAGAUAAUCAUGCUCAUCGACUUCGCCCACUCAUGGAACGAAUCAUGGGUGGGCAAUAUGGAAGACAGUGACAACAAGUGCUGGCUAGUGAUGCUCAUCACAUCCAUGUUGUUCAUGUUCACCUCCUCCCUCCUAGGGGUCGUGCUCCUCUUCAUCUACUACACUAACUCAGACUGCUUGGAUAAUAUAGUGCUCAUUGUGCUUCUGGUGCUGCUCUGUGUCAUCAUCUCAGUCCUGUCAAUAAUCCCCAAAGUACAAGAAGAGAAUCCGCGGAGUGGUCUGUUGCAGGCGUCUGUGACUAGUCUGUUCGCAGUGGGUCUCACCUGGAUGGCCCUCUCCUCAGACCCCAGAGACCAGUGCAACCCCACGGGGGAGGGGGCUCAGUGGGUCAGCAUUGUAGUCGCUCUCUUCGUCGCUAACUUCACUGUACUCAUCGCCACUCGUACUUCAAACAAAGACGAAGACAGCUCAUCCAACUACGCUGCAGGUAAUCAGAGCUACGGAACUCUUAGUGGUAACGGAGGCGAUGAUGACGAGCGGGGUGGACAGGCAGUAGUGGACGACGAGGAAGAUGAAGUGAGUUACAGUCACUCUCUCUUCCAUCUAGCAAUGGCUGCCGCUUGUCUCUACAUCAUGAUGACACUCACAUACUGGUUCAGCCCUAUGAAGGUUGACAACUCCAUGACGGACUCGGACUUUGCGGACUCCUCUGUGUCGAAAUGGGUCAAAAUCAGCAGCUCAUGGGUCUGUUUUGCCACAUACAUCUGGGUACUAUUCGCACCCAUCGUUCUCUCAGACAGGGAGUUCUGAAAGGAGGAAGAGAGAAGAGACAACAAGAACAGAAAUAACAAUCAAAACUAACAACACCAGAAAGAGCACAAUCUAGAAAACUGACUUAAACUUCAGACGAAGAAGAACCAUAGUUGAGUGAUUGGAAAUCAAAAAAGAAUCGAAAAGUGGCGGCCUUGGAUUGUUUCUGUAGACAAGAGAUUGAUCUUUUUUCAAGUAAUUGAAUUUCUAAAUUGGGCAAAGUGACUUGAUUUGUUUUUUUUUUCCAUUAUCUUUUCCUUAACAACAGAAAUGCUCCUCUGUUAUGCGAUCCACGGAAUUGCAGGGAAUAUAAACCCUCAUUAGUUCUUGCAUAAAGGACAUCGCAUUUUCAAAAAUUGAUUAGUUAAGGCAUCAAUAGCUGUUUUGAAUUGGGUAGCAUACAAUUGUAAUUAAGGCACUGGUUAUUUGAUCGAAAGCAAACUCUUUUGGUAUCAUAUAAAAACUAUCAUUCCUAUCGUGUGAAGUAUCAAACGAAUUAUGAAUUUCUUUUUCACAGAAAAUGUAAAGCUAAUUUAUGAAAUCAAGCUUAUAAUUAAAUGCCAGUGUCAAUGAACGUAGUGUUUUUUUUUUUCAUUUUUUAUUUGGGGAAAAAGUUUUAAAUGUUUAUCACACUCACGACUUCAUGUUUGAUUUAGUUUAAAAGUUCAAUUCGAAAUUCAUUUGCUAAUAGGAAGAUAAGUUGCGCUCUCGAAGUACAAAAGCAAAUGACGCAAAACGGCAUGAAUGACUCUCAUUUCUUCAAAAAAAGGAUUUUUUUUUUC